AUGGCACGUAGCCCUAGAACUCUGCAACACGCGUCUUCUAGCUCUACUACGCCAGUAGCUUCAUCAUCCACACCUAGACAAUCCACCAUCAUCCCGCCACCCUUUUCUCAACCUGGAUCAUCAAAUACUCAGACUCCAGUCACUCGCACUCGAUCACGUCGAUCCUCCGUCGCCACUGCCUCUUCCUCACGUACACCCAAUGCUGUCGCCUCGAGCAGUAGCACCGCCCCGUCCACUCCCCCGCUCCUUACACCGACCACUGAACUCCCGCCUAAAUUGGGAAGACAGGCCAUCGAGUCCAAGCCACAUGCAUUGAGGAGUGUAUUGGGGGAGAAGGAGAGGAGCCCGUGUCCGUUUCCGACUCAAUAUGGUGGUAGGGAUAAAUGCGCGGUGGUCGAGGAUGACGAGCGGGAUGAAGUAUUGAUGGCUGUCUGUGGCGCUUGUGCGAUCAUGGACAAUCGAGCCUUAUCCGCCGAUGAGAUAGCAUCUAUUGCUAUCGAUCAAGCAUGGCUGCGACCUCCAUCCGCGGCCGUUGGACCACCCACCAUUGUCAACAAUGCCAUACGAGCGCACUACAAGCGCUGCACAUCCUCAGAUCCUCCACGACAACCAUUGCUCAAAAAGCAUCAACUCGCUGGAUCCCUUAACGAAUCCUGUCUGGAGUCUGCGCUCCACCCAGAAGCGUUCAGUGGCGGAUUGAGACCGAAAGGCACUGUGUGGUACCUGGCACCGAGCGGGAAAGCCAAGUGGAAGAACCCUUUCGAUGGGCUGGAAGUCCCCACCCCACCGCCUAGGAAACCAGUCGCUCCAAAGAAGGCAAAGGCGGACCUGCCGCGAAAAAUCAAACCGGCUAAAGAGAUCAAGGUGGAAAAGACCAAGAGAAGUGGAGCAGAGGAGAAGAAUGUCGGCAAGGUCAAGGAGAAGAUGACGGCAGGGAAGACUCCGCCGGUCAAACUGAGGCUCUUCUUGAAUGGCUCAAAUGCGGUGGAAGAUGACACGGCGAGUGAUGCUGGAAGCAGUUCUCAGAGCGCGUCGAAGAAUCCUUCGCGUCGACCUUCCCUCGUGGGCGGCGUUCGCCCGAUACCGGCCAAAAUCGGCUCAACGGGUAAAUGUGCGAUCCCGACACCGAUCAGGAUCGACGACUCUUCAGACGAGUAUGAUUCAUCCGAUUCUGAAGUCAUGGAAAUAGAUUCGAGACCUUCGCCUCGAGCAUUCGCCGAGCGAGUCAGCAAGCUCUCGAAACCUCGCAAGGAAAGACCAUCACCACUCAUGCUGCUUCCCCACGCUCCUUCUCCCGCCAACGCUUGGGCCAAAACCCUGUCUAGCAUGAUAGAGAUGACACCACCCACCAUGACUACACCUACCUUUGCGUACGCCCCCUUCCCACCUCAACCUGUAUCCUCUCCAUUCCCAACGCACUCCUUGGACAACACGACCUGGACUGUCCGAAGGGAUCCUGAUCAUUUUGCCGCCUUGGAAACCUCUUCUUCGAGCUCAGAUGACGAGAUGAGAGAACCUGGUGAAUGGGGAUUAUCGUCCAGCAUCCUCAUCCAAAGUACCAGUGCCAACGCAGAGGACGAGAAUACUUCAAAACCCGCCUGGACUGCCGAAGAUGAGGAGGCCAAUGUGAAAGAAGCGACGGACGCUCUGCGUGUCUUGUUUCCCAUGUCUACUCCGGACGAUCGGGAGGAUGUGAGGCCUGUUGUGCGCUACAAUCAACUCGACAAUCGGCCAGCGCCUUCAGAUACGUCAAGUCUAGCCGAGAGCACUUCGACAGCCACAGCGACAGCUCGUGGACCAUUGAAAUCGGCUGAUCUUGCAGCAUCCAUCGCUCUGGUCUCUUGGAACCCUACUGCGAGUCCUGCCCUUUCGCCCAACUUUCGGUCACUGCACCUGCCGACCAACGGGGAUUCAUCACCUUCUCAACACCUCUCCAGAUUGCACAAUUCAUUCGAGCCUGCUGACAUGGAUAUUGACGAGGAACCAUGGUUGGAUGAAUGUGGAGGAUUACCUGUGAAAGCGGAAGACUCGUUGAGUGAUAUCGAGAUCGGUUCCGUCAUUGGAGAUACGCCCACACCGGAACAUGACCGGCAGCUCAACACGGCUGCUUGGGCCAGGGAUACUGCCGCUAGUGCUUCUUCCUACCGCGUGAAGGAAGAGCCAGUAGACGAUUACCCUUCACCAGUCACGACAGCGGAAACGGAGGCCGAUGAUGGCAGUGCGACCUACAGGACCUCUCGUGCAAGCUCUAGCGACAGUCAUACCCCAUCCAGUCGAUCCUCUGAAUUACCGCAUUUCGAGUACUCUGAUCAACUCCGGUACAGCAAUAUGGAGGAAGUGUUGAUGGGUCCAGAGAGCAUCAGUCUGGAAGAGCUAGAUGGCUGGAUCGCCCCUGGCAUGGGUUCUCGAGUCGACAAGACGCCUCAAAAGGCGGGAAGACAUGGUAAAUCCAGGCAUUACAAGAAGACUGAAGGGCGUUGCUCUGGCGAUUGGGGAUCGAUCGGUGUUGGUAUGGCAUCUAGUUUGCUUGCUCUCCAAGCCGCUCGACCCAUCCCCCUCCAUCGAUCGCGCUCGACAAAGUCCAACUCUCGCCGUCGGCAGGCGUCUCCGCCCUCGACAACGUUGCAUGCUCCUCCGCGAAAUGGGGCUGAAUCAUUACCUACUCCACCCGAGGAAGAGCCAGAGACUGGUGGCAAUAAUGAUGCCAUCGAAAUGGACUUGGAGGAUGCAGAUAUCUAUGGUAUAGGGCAGGAGGAAUUGGAUGCCGCUCGAGCAGAAGCAGAAGCAAAGGAAGAAGAGCAUCGUAAAGCUGUCAGGGCGAGGAAUGAGCAACACAAGGCCCUGCUCGAAGCAUACAGGCUCAGGGUCAAGGAAGAACAGACCAGUCGAUCAGGAGCCAUCUCACCGGAGAACGAAGGCCCCAUGACGCCCUGGACUGACCUCAAUGUCGCUUGGGGAUCAUCGUCGACUGAAUCGCUCAAUCUGACCACGCCUACACCGUCAGCUGUACCUCCUUCGUUCUUGCAUUCCUUGCUUCCGACUUCGCCGGUCAUUCUCGGAUCAUCCGCGCCUGCCGCUAUGGACCCCAGGGAUCUUGUUUCACCACCGCUCGUUGCUUCUAUGCCGAUGUUGGAUGAGGCUUUGCCACACGUCGAGAUCGAUACUGCAAAGACGGACAAGAAGCCAGCAAAGGUGGCCGCCCCUGCCCCCAUGUCAGAUGGAGAUUCAAAAAUGUCCAUCGUGGAGUUACCGUCUACUCUACCUGCCGAUAUCAUCCCGCCCUCUGGUCAGACUCUGAGCUCGACUCCGGCAAAAAUCGCUGCUGCCCCGGUCUUCGCACCCACCGCUGCUUCGUCAUCAUCCACUGCGACUCUCCCUCCUCCUCCUCCUCCGCCGGCCAAGAAAACUCCUAAAGCCAAAGCCGAGCCAAAAGAGCCUAAGGAAGCUAAAGAGGUCAAGGCCAAAGAUGUCAAACCUGUACCCAUAAAAGCAGCCCCAAUCACUGCUUCGCCGACACCCGCGCCACCCACUGGCCCAAGUACCGAAGUGACCAAGCCCGCCGUCGCACCGCGACCGGCCUCGUCUCAACCCCGGAGUAUCACCAAACCUCUGUGUGCUGGUGUCGAUGCGUGCGUCGUGGACAACAUUCCUGUGUAUUCCCACUCGUAUGUGAACAAGAAGACAGGGAAGAGCUUCGUGCUGCUGAGGAGAUUGGACACGGAUUUCGUGAACGCGAGCGGUCUGCUGCUCGCGGUUGGUGUACCUCUCAACAAGCACUCGGAGUACCUCAGUGGCCCUUCUCCCUGGCAGCACGCGCACCAUCUCGUCCCCCCUCAAGCGAAUGGAUCAGUCUACUCCCCUGGAGUGGCUGGCGUUUGGAUCCCAUACAGCGAAGCCAAGUUUCUCGCUAAGAAACUCAAGCUUGACGCCUCGAGCUCACUCGCCAACAUUCUCCGGGACGAUCUGUUUGCGCUAUUUGCGAAGUUGGCAGCAUUGAAUCAGGAGCAUUCACCAGCAGAGGCAUUCGGCCUACCUUUCGGAGCACCUAUUCGUACUCAGUCGAAAGCUUCCUUAUCGGCCAAUCCGAACAGUUCAAAGUCCACGCCGAACCUUUCCACUUUGUCGUCUUCCGCGCCGGCUCCGUCACACCUCAGGAAUUCAGGUCUCACAGCUAGUACUCCGCUUCAGACGCCGAAAGGGUCACUGGUCCGGACGGCGCCAGCUACGCCUCCCGAUGGAUGUCCUCAUCCGAAAAGGCGACGAGCUACUAUCGUUGGAGAAGCCAGUCCCAUGGCCAAAGGACCGAUUGCGCCCCCACUUAACGCUUCAACGCCAGCAACGACGCCAGCUCCAGUCAGCAGGCCUCUUCCUGUUCCUCAGGCUGAGUGCUCUCCUGUGGCGGCGGUAAUCGCGUCGCCUACGAAGAUGGACAUUGAUCCUCCCAGAAUUAUGACUGCGUCGACCAAGCCCAGCGUACCGAGUCCGAUCCCGACGCCGAUGCGGAAACCUCCUCCGCGAGCUGCUAGACCAAGUACAGGUCCUACAGCUCCUGUCGAGGGUAAAACAGCGACGGCAGGUGGCAAGUGA